GUGUUAAGACUUGUUGAAGUUUGCAUUACACACCGCCGUUUUCGCUACUAACGCUACACCUGCGUGGUUAAGGUUUACUCAAAAUAAACUUAGCAUCCCAAGUGAUUUUAAAACCAGAAAUAUGGAGUUAAACGGAGUCAAAGAAACAGACGUAAUUGCAGUUACCAAUGGAGAAUCCUCUAAGACAGAAAAUACCAAUAAAGCAGAGGAUGUACUGGAUGACACACCCUACACAGUGAAAAUAGUACCUACACAUUCAGAGCCGUUUGAAUUACAGGUUAGCUCGUUUGAGCUUGUACAAGAAGUCCAUCGUGUGUUGAUGGACCGUGAAGAAACAUGCAGUUGUACUUGCUUUUCAUUAGUCCUCAACGGUCAGACGUUAGAUAUGUUCGCAGAACUAAAGUCAGUUGAGGGUUUGGCCGAUGGCGUCGAAUUAAAAGUCGUGGAAGAACGUUAUAGCGUUCGAGAAGCGAAAAAUCAUGUCCGACAUAUUCAUGAUCUGCUUCAUUCGAUAGAACCCCAUGAUGCGUAUGCUGGUCGUGAGCAAAUGUCUUUGUCAUUCGUUAAUACAAUAGCUGGAGAACUAGAACGGAAACAGUUCCAAAAUCGACUAGAUAUGCGAACAGAUUUCAUACCUCCUGAAUAUGUUCUACCCGGUUCUGGAACAAAUACUGUCCCUCCACUCUUGCCUCUGCAUCCUUUGGAUCGCGAUGGGAAGCCUGUAAAGUGUGUUCGUCAGUUGAAUUAUAGUAACUGGAACCCACCGCCUCCUGCAAGGCGAUUACUGGGUGAUCUAAUAUAUUUAUUUUUCCACACAGUUGAAGAUAAAAGGUACCACAUCACUGCUUGCCCGAGAGGAUUUUAUGUAAAUAUGUCAACUGAUGAUCAUUUCAAUCCACAUCCAGUGCAGCAUGCUUAUGUGGCACAUUCAUUGAUUGAUCUGCUGCGUCAGCUUAGCCCAGGUUUCAAACGUAAUUUCGAGGCCCUUCUUAAAGCUCGAGCAGCAAAACAUCCAUUUGAACGUGUCCCAACUCCAUACCAAGUUCAUUCUUGGUUAGCACCACUUUUUGAACACUCUCCAGACUCGGUGAGAAAGGAAGAAGCAUUUUCUUCGCGUAUGGCAUGUGAAGAAAACCUUCCCGGUCAAACAAGAGAUUGGAAUGAAGAGCUGCAAGUGACGCGUGAACUUCCACAGACACGUCUUACAGAACGUCUGCUUAGAGAUCGUGCUAUCUUUAAGUCGAACAGUGAUUUUGUUGCCGCAGCAACUCGUGCUGCUGUUAGUGUUGUAAAUGGUGAUAUAAUGGCUAUCAACCCUGGGGAAACACGGAAACAACAAAUGUUUAUAUGGAACAAUAUGUUUUUCUCACUCGGAUUUGAUGUCAAAGAGCAUUACAAGCAUUUUGGUGGAGAACAUGCUGCAUAUGUUGCCACAUCCAGUGACUUAUGUGGAGUUCGUGCCUACUCUAUGCUAGAUCAACCAGGACUUCAUACACUUGGAACAGCUAUUAUUGACUACCGGGGUUUUCGUGUUACAGCUCAAACAAUUAUACCAGGUAUCCUAGAGAAAGAACAAGAACAAUUGGUUGUGUAUGGUUCAAUUGAUUUUGGGAAAACUGUGCUGACAGACAAACGUUAUGAAGAGAUACUGUCUAAAACUGCAAAACAAUUGAAGAUUAGACCGCAUAAAGUUGUAAAUCAAUCUGGUGAAACCGUCGAGUUAUAUUCAUCUGUCGAUUGUAAAGGCAUUGUUGGCAAUGAUGGUCGUACAUAUAUUUUGGAUUUGUUGCGUACUUUCCCACCAGAUUUAAACUAUCUAGAUAAUGGUGAUGAUAUACACCCGCAAUUAUCGCCUGAAUUGACAAAAUUGGGUUAUCCCUAUCGUCAUCGGCAUAUGCUAGCGACAUUAAGACAAGAAUUGAUUGAAGCAUUUUUCGACUACCGGUAUGAAACAUUUUUACGUUUAGCUGCUCGGGAGAUACAAAAGGCUAAGUCAUCUGUCGAAGUUGAAGGUGAUGAUCCGACUGCUGUUGAAAUACAAAAUGGACAGUCGGCUUGUUCGAAUACUGAUGGUAAUGAUCAAUUGCCUUCACAUCAUAUUGGUUGUGAAGUAUCCGAUCACUCCAGUAAUACUUUAAACUCAGGCAUUUCUGCGAUAAAAUCACCAAACAAAAGUCAACCGGAUGAUUUAAGUUUAAUGAAAAAAUUGUUGGAAGAGGAUCAUGAUACACUAAAAGGUGAUAUUAUCCACGAAGCGAUUCGUAAGGCGGCUGUUGCUGUCGGUUCCUUGAGUACAGAUCGUUUUGAGUUAGCAUUUAAUCCUGAUAUUUAUCAAAAAUUCGUCAAGUUUAGUGAUUCAGAGGAAACAUCUUUAAAAGUGGACCAGGAAUUAGUAUGUAGUGCCUGUGAGUUUUUGGUUCUGAAACAAAUUCCAGCGUUUGUUCGAGACGCCUUGAGUUUGUGUGUAACCCCGCAAGACGGUAAAGCUCUAACAGAAUCAAUGCAUCAACGUGGUAUCAAUAUGCGUUAUUUGAAUCGUGUGAUUGAAUCCGUCAGUCCACAUCCAUCAUUAGGUUACCUUAAGAAAAUGGCUAUUUCUGAAGUGCUGUUACGAUCUGCUAAGCAUAUUUUUAAAAUAUACCUUCAAGAUGUUGAUCCUAUGCUGCUUUCAGUCGGUGUUGCACACUUUCUCAAUUGUUUCUUAACAGCUUGUCCAAAUCUUACACCUUUACUUGGAAUUGAUGAGCAAGUACUGAAACUCAAUCGUAAUAAGAAAAAUAAGAAGAAAUCGAAAAGUCUCCGCGAAUCACCAGAAGAAAUGGCUUGGCUUAAUGAAACACAUUCCAGUAUAUGGGCAGAAUUAAUAAAGGAGGCCAAAGAAUAUUAUCAUUAUCAAAUAACUGCGUCAGAUAUAGAUGAAUUCUGUAAAAUCUUUGAAAUUCAACGUGUUCAUCUGCUCAGAUCAUUUUGUACCUCAGUCGGCAUACAACUACUUCUGCGUGAGUACAAUCUGACUCCACCGAAUGGAGCUAAACAUCAUCAAAAGCCUGUAUUUACCACCGAUGAUAUAAUAUCACUUUUCCCUGUGGUUAAACAUUUACAUCCUCAUGCAACUGAUGCUUAUCAUUAUUUUACAACUGGUCAAGCUCGUAUAUCUACUGGUCAUUUUCAAGAAGGUUUUGAACUGAUCAAUGAAGCUUUAGGUCUUCUCAACGGUGUUUAUGGUCCCUUGCAUCCUGAUAUUGGUGCUUGUAAUCGUCUUUUAGCUCGUCUUUCAUAUGUUAUGGGUGAACAUCAAGCUGCCCUAUUGUUUCAACAUCGUGCUACUAUGAUUAGUGAACGUGUACAUGGAAUCGACAAUCCAAACACUGCUACUGAAUAUAUACAUUUCUCGCUUUACUGUUUCGCGUGUGGACACAUCUCUACAGCUUUACAGUUGCUGUAUCGUGCUCGUUACAUUGCCAUUUUGUGUCAUGGUGAAUGCCAUCCGGAAAUAACACAAAUUGACACUAAUAUUGGCCUGAUGUUACAGUUGGUUGGAGAGCUUGAUCUGGCCUUAGUGUUUUUAGAGAAUGCAUUAUCGUUUAUUAGAUUAUUCUACGGUGACCGAAAUUUGAAAGAAGCAUUCACAUGUCAUUUGAUUAGUCGUACACACACAUAUCGUGGUGAUUUCCGUACUGCUCUUGACUAUGAAAAGCGCCGUUUUCUUAUUUAUAAAGAGCGAUUAGGUCCGGAUAGUGAUUACACCAAAGAUAGUGAUGAGUGUUUACGACAACUUACUCAACAGGCUGUAACAGUUGCUCGUAAAGUAGCUGAACUGACAGCUGCUUCAACGAAAUCCACCGGAGGUGGAGGAGGAGAUUCUUCCAAUUUGAAUACUCUGUCAAAUGCUAUUGACGCUUCCACUACUGAAUCUAUUGUAGCGAAAGCAGUUCUGUCAAAUUCCUUUUCUGCCAAUGGUGGUACUGCUUCAUCCGGUUCCCUGGUUCUGCCUAUACCAACGAUUUCUUCAGUUUUGGAAAUUCUUAAUCGUGUUAAUGGCAUCCUGGUAAUUCAAUUAAGAGGGAAAGAUGAAGAGAAUUCGGAUCAGGAUGCUAAAAGCCUACCAAGUAAAAGCAUUUCCUCGAAAUUACACGGAUUUAAUGACAACUGUGCAAGUAAAGAUGUUUCUCAGUUGGAAAAAGAAUCUUCAGCGGCUACAACAACAAAUAAUGUUAUUCCAGUGUCAUAAUAUAUUUCCAAAUGAAUUCAUUUCAUUCACAUUAUUAAUAUCAUCAUCUAAUUUUGGGUUAGUGUGAGAUACACAGUGCGCAAGAAAUUGAAAAAAAAACAAUUCUAGCUAAUAAUAAUAGUAAUAAAUAAUAUAAUAUAAUAUAAUCUGUUCAACAACAGUCAACUAAUCCUCAUUAUCAGUCUAAGUCUAAGUCAUUUUUUCUUAUCUUACCCACUUGCUGCAACUGUUAUUAUUAUUAUAAUUAUCAGCAUUAUUUUGUGUAUAGUAGUCUUCCUAUUUUUUCUAAUGUACCGUUUAUACUACUACUAAUACUAUUACUUAUUGUAUUGUAGUUUAGAUAAAUUUCAAAUUAAAUUUGCCUUUUCGUUCAACAGUUUCUGUCUACUAUUCUCAAUUUUUCAUACAUUUAUUGUGCAUCUUUAGGUGUACAUAGUGUGUAUGCGCGUAUUUGUGCUCAUAAUUCUCCUUCUACUGGUUCUUGUUUUUUCCGAAUUAGAAAAACAAUUUUUCUACACCUUCAAUCAUAUGUAUACAUAGUUGUAGAGAUAAAAUUUUAGAAUAGGUGAAUAAAUAUAUAAAUAAAUAAAUUCUACCCAUAUUUGCAUUUUGGAAGCUCAUAUCCACACACACACACACACAUUUCCAUUGGUAAUUUUUGUUUUUCUUUAACAGGAAAAUAAAUAAUCAAUCCACUUUUGUGGAGUACUUA